GUCCGCCCGAGGAGGCAGGCGCUAACGUGCGCCCCGAGCCCGCGCCGCUACGCCCCGCGCAGGCCCGCGUCCAUGUGUGUGUGUGCGCGCGUGUGCGUGUGUGCGCGUGCGUGCGUGCCCGAGUGCCCGCGCAGCCCGCGCAGUGCCCGGUGGUGGUGUACGUGAUCUGUGAAAGUGUUUUGUGGUGUCCGCAAGGGUGCGGGGGCCCCGCCGGCCCGUCAGGGGGGCGGGGCGAGUGUUGUGGUCAUGAUUCAAGUGGGUGAUGGCGCUGGCGCCAUAAGUGAAAUCAAGUGAAUACCAAGUGCAAGUGAGUGAAUAUUUGUGAAAGUGCAAAAUAAAAUGAAGUCGCAACGACAGCAAGCCAUGGUGGAUUACAAGCCCCGCGAGGAGCUGGUGGGCAAGAGGUUCUUGUCCGUCAGCGGCGCCCUCGCGGACCUGCUGCAAACGGAUACAGCGCAGUGGGGCUGGCGCUCCGGGUUCAUCCGGGCCGCGAGCCACCUGCGCAGCGACGACGAGGACCUGCAGGUGCUCGUGGAGUACGACGACAUGAUAUGGAAGCGCAGGGAGUGGAUAAGCGUUUACCAGGAGGGUCUCUUCCAAAUGUUCAUGGUGGAGAGCCGGCUGGUGUGGGCGCCGCGGCUCGACCCCAACGACAGCAAGACCUGUGUCGCCUGGCCUGCCCUGACGUUCUCGGCCCUGGUGGACAGGAUAGCCGCAGACCCUUCCCAGCCCAGGCCCGUCGAGUUCCUGGUGGAUCGGGAGCUCAGCUUCAGGGUCUACUCGAGGCUGAAGCCGUUCCAUGAGUGGGACCCAGGCACCGACCCCGGGGGGCUGCACGACCCGGAGCUCGGCACCCCCGCGGCGCGUGACGUGUGCCAGGCGUACAGCGCCGUGCGCCAGGGGGUGCGGCGCUGGGAGGAGGUGCAGGACGGCUACCGCAUCCUGCUCGACACCCCCUCCGUCCUGGUGGGCUACCGCGUCGAAGUGUACCGCUCCGAGGGCACCACCCAGUGGUACACGGCCGUCAUCGUGGGCUACGACGAGAACUCGGGGGAAGUGACGGUGACUGACGACACGGUGCUGGAGGAGCACACGGAGCACCCCAAGCUAACUCAAAUACGCCUGAUCGGAGAUGUAGUGGAUGCCAUCAUGCGGGGGGAGACGCUGCAGAGGCGCUCUUCCCGACACCAGACGGCGCAGUCACCCCCAUCGCCGCCGCCGCCCGCGCGCUUCCAGCACCUGCUGCGGCAGCAGCAGGACGGCUCGUCCAGCAGCCGCAACAGGCGGGGCAGCCGCAGCAGCGCCGCGUCCACCCCGACCACCAGCACCGCGGCCGCCUCCGCCACCUCCACCGCCUCCGACGCCAGCCCCGCCGCCGUCAACAACAGCUCCCUGCCGGCGGCAGCGCCCUCAUCGUCGUCGCCGUCCUCAUCGCUCGCGUCCCCCGCGCCGACGGCGACCCCAGCACCACCAGCACCGCCGCAGCAGGAGGAGAGCAGCGCCGGCCAGGCCGCCCCGAACGACGACUCAGCCGUUCGCAGCAGCAGCAAGAGCCGCCACCGCGAGCACGUCGCCGGCAGCAAGAAGAAGUCUUCGGCCAAGGCCUCGCGCCGGCCCGCCCCCACCAAGCUCCUCUCGGAGGACCCGGCCGAGGACACUGACGGCAGCUCGUCGCGAGCCGCUGCCGCGCCGUCGCCGGCCCCGCGCUCCGCGACCGCGACCCCGCGACCCCCGCGGCCGCCGCCCCGUCGCGGUGAGCGCACCUCGGGCCGCAUCCUCGAGCAGCGCGCCGCCGCACAGGCCGCGCAAGUCGCGCUCGACCGCCUCCUGGUCCCCAUCCCCGCGGCCCCGCGCCAACACCGCCGCGCCAGGAGCCCGUCGUCAGACUCGGACGAGGAGCCCCUGCUACGGCUGACACUACCGGCCCCCAGCCAGCCGCCGCCCGGCGUCCUCAACAACAACGACGACGACCUCGAGCUUGACCACGAGCUCGAGUACUACGUGCGGCUGCCGUCGGACGACGAGCCUUCUGACCGCGAGUGGUGCACCACCCCGAAGCCGCUCGUGCCGGAGGAGGACAAGCAGCCCAACGGCUCGCCCACCUCGCCCACGCCCACCGAGCCCUUCCCGUCGGUCCGCAAGCCCGACGAGAAGCCCGCGCCGGAAAAGACAGACCGGCCGGAAGUAGACAAGGGAGACGCGGCGACACCCAAGUCACCCGCGUCAAAGCACCCCUCGCCCAACGGCAAGGAGGCAGAGAGCGACGACGAUCUAGAGAGGAAGGAGAAGAGGAAAAAGAAGAAAAGCAAAAAGAAAAAGAAGAAAGAGGGAAGUCAUAAGUCAAAGAAGAGCAGGGUCGACAGCCCCGAACCGGAGAACAAGUCCGAGCCUAAAGAAGAGAAGGAAGUAGUAGAAAAGCCAAGCUUGACCAAGGCUCAAACCACAGAGCCCGCCGUCGAGCAGCCUAAACCCUCCGAACCUGGAACACCGGUUCAAGUCAAGCUUGAGGAGUGCACCAAGAGUCCGGAAGUCACUCCAGUACCGAUACCGUCUGUAAAACCGGAAGUCAAAGAAAAGACCCCGCCUCCAAAGCCAGCUACCCCAGUGCCUGCGCCGGAAACAAAACCGGAGCAGCAGCCGGAAGUAAAAGCGGAAACUCCAGCUUCGCCAAAGAAGCCGGCGGAGAAGAAGCCUAGCCCCCCGGCGCCGCUGGACCUCACCCGUGUCCAGGACGCGGCCCAGGAUCCUGCCCAGGACACUGCGCAGGACGCCGACGAGGAGGACGAGGAUGAACCGCGCCUAGUGCGCUGCCCCAGCGAAGAACUCGUCGAGGAUGACAGCGCAAGCAGGAUGGAGUGUCCCGGAGGGGCGCUGCUCAGAGACGACCGCUCAGACUCGGGGGUAGGAUCGCUCCGCUGCUCUAGCAGCGAGGAGCGCUCAGGCUCCCGGUCCAGCGCCGACGAGGCCGCCUCCACCACGGCGGGCGUCCCCGUCCAUGGCCUGCCCGGCCAGGGCCUCCCCGGCCAGGGUCAUGGGCCGGGCCACGGCCCGGGCCACGCGCCGGGCAGGCCGCCGCACGGCAUGACGGACCGCGCGCCGCCGCCGGGCCAGCACGGCCAGCACGGCGGCCAACACGGUCAGCACGGCGGCCAGCACGGCCAGCACGGCCAGCACGGCGUGUGGAGGGACCCCACCCCGCACGUGGACAUCCGUCACGUGCACAGCGUGCAGCACCAGUCGCUGCUCAUGUCGGCCGCCGCUCGGGGCGGUCACGGGGCGCCGGCGCCCCACGGCCCGCCGCCCCCGCCCCAGCACGCGCCGCCCCCGGGCCCCGCCUCCGCCGCCCUCGGGCUGCCCCCGGGACUAGCCUACCAGCACCUCCAGGGGCUGCCCGCCGACGCGCUCUGGAAGGCGGCCCGCGGCUUCCCGAUGCUCGGCCAGCCCGACCUCGCCGCCUACGACCGACUCGCCAGAGAACACCGCGAGCGCGAGGAGAAGGCCCGCAAGGAGCAGCAGCGCGAGGCGGCCGCCCGGACGGACGCGCACCGCGAGCAGCAACACCAGCAGCAGCAGCAACACCAACAGCAGCAGCAGCAGCAGCAACACCAGCAGAACCAGCAGAGGGAGCUCAGGGAGCGGGAACUGCAGGCACGUGAGACUCAGGAGCAGGACACGGAGAAAAAGCAGGAGCUAGAGAGGUGCGCCUCGGAGGAGCGCGACAGGAUACAGGCGCAGCUCGCCGCGGAGCGGGCCGUGCACAAGCACUUCGAGGAGUCGCUGCAGAGGCUGGCCCAGCAGAAGAACGCCGCCGAUCGCAGUUGGAUCGGGUCUCUGGGUAAUCGUGGCCCCCCGGGUCCGCCCGGGCCGCAGGGCCCCGGCCCCCAGGGCGCCGGCCCCACCGCGGCCGAGCGCGACCAGCGCGAUGAGCGUGACCAGCGCGACCAGCGCCCGCCCUCGGGGGGCGCCGGACCCGCGCAGCAUGCGCAGCACCAGCCGCCGGCCUCGCUCGCCAGCUUGCAGGCCCAGGCACAGGCGCAGGCCCAGGCGCAGGCCCAGGCGCUCGCGCAGCUGCCCAACAUCCCCGGGCUGAGCAUCCUGCACCAGCAGGCCCUGGCGGCCGCGGCCCAGCAGCAGCACCAGCACCAGCAGCAACAACAGCAGCGCUUCCACGAGGACCAGCGGCGGCUCAUCGAGCAGCAGCAGCGGCUCGUGCAGCAGGACCAGCAGAAGCGGCUGCUGGAGGAGCAGCAGCGGCAGGCGCGAGUGCAGCCGGUGCAGCCGCAAGCCCAGCGCGCGCCGCAGCCGCCACCAAGGCCGUCGCCGUCCUCCUUCUACGCACAGCCCCCCAUCAAGGUUCCUCGCCGCUCCCCAGGCCCGGGCGUGCGAUCGCCGCAGCCCACCCCGGCGCACGGCGGCCCGGGCGCGGCCCACGGCCAGUCCAGGGCCGAGGUGAAGGCCGAGUCUAAGCCCACCGCCUCCCCCGGCCCCGGCCAGUCCCCGGGCCCCGCUCCUAGUCCGUCAUCGGCCCCUAGUCUCCACGUCGGCCACCCCCUGACGCACCCCGGGCUGCACCCCGGCCUGUCGCUGCCCGGCCUGCCCAAGGGCGAGCCCAGCUUCAGCCUGUACCCGGGCUACCCGACCGCCUACCUGCCGCCGGGCAGCCUGCCCGCUGGCUUCAACGCCCACGACCCCCUGGCCAUGGCUCGCAGGAACGAGCAGAUCAACAAGCUGCUCCGCGAGCAGGGCCAGGGCCAGGAUCAGGGCUCUGUGAUCGUCAAGGCCGAGGCCAAGAGCCCACGGCCGCCCGCCAGCUCGCCCACGCCCUACAGGCAGAGCAACCUCCAGGCCUCGCCCCAGGGACACGCCCCAUCUAGUCAGGUCGCGUCGGCUCCGCCCGCGCGCCACCAACCCCCCGCCCCCCACCCUGGGCCGCCGCAGCCGCGGCAGUCCCCGGACCAGCACCAGCCCGCGCACCUGCAGCUGCAGCGCGGCACCGGCCGCCCCAGCGGCGUGUCCGGGCCCGCCUACUCAGUCACCUCCUUCCUGCCGCACGGCGGCCAGCCGCACGGCACCGCGCCCGCCCCGGUGGCGCGGCAGCGCCCCACCGCCAGCCCGGCGCCCUCCACCAUCUACGGCAAGCCCAGCCGCGCCGAGCCGCGCGCGCCCAGCCCGCAGGACAGGCCCAUCUCCCUCACCACCCGCGGCCCGGCCAUGCAAUCGCCGUACCAGCCGCUGUCGCAGCCGCUGCUCGACCCGAAGAGCGAGUCCAAGCAGCAGUACGCCUACCAGCAGCCGCAGCACCAGCCGCAGGCGGCGCACCACGGCGCUCACCACGGCGCCCACCACGCGGCGCUGCACGGCGCGCACCACGCGGCGCACGGCAAGCCGCCCACGCCGCACUACAACGCGUCCACGCCGGGCCAGUCUCCGGGGCUGCCGCUGCCCGCGCCCAGCCCGCGGGGCACCACGCCCUCGCCGCACCAGACCCAGAUGCAGACGCAGCCGCUCGACCUGGCCGGCGGCGACAAGGGCGACAAGUCGUACCCGGCCAACUCGCCCAACAAGAGGAGGAGCCCCUUCCAGCCGCCCGUGGCCGACAAGAAGCCGCGCCUGGACCACCAGCAGAUGGCCCUGCAGAUGGCCAUGCAGAUGCCUCAGCACCAGCUGCUGCUGGGGCCGCCCCUGCCCAUGCACUUCGCCGGGCUGGCCCCGCAAGGCAUGGCAUCGGGCUACCCCAUGCCGCCCUCACUGCACAACAGGAGCCCCAUGAGCCCGCCCAGCAACCCCAGGGCGAGCCCGGUGAGCCCAGGCCACCCCAGGGCGAGUCCAGUCAGCCCGGGCCACCCCAGGGCGAGCCCGUCCAGGAUGAGCCCCUCCAUGAGCCCGUCCAUGGCGCUGCACCAGCCACAGCCGCAGUCUAGCCCCCGCGCUAGCCCGCGACCCAACCCCAGCCUGGGGCCCAGCCCCAACCCGCUGCUGUGCAACGCGCCCACCACCCUGCAGACGGCGCUGAGCCCGCCUCCGCCGCCUCAGAGGGUGCCGUCCACGGGGCCCGGUCCAGGACCUGGCCACGGCCCCGGGCCCGGGCGCAGUCCUGUCCCGGCCGCCUCUCCCGGAGGCCAGGCACCGGCUCAGUCCACACAGGCACUCACGUCGCCGUCCAUGUCGCCAAUGCCGCAUUCGCAUUCGCAUUUUCACUCUCUCGGGGCGCCCCCUGCUAGUCCGAUGAGGUCGGCUGAAGUCGGCCAAGUCAGUCCCUCGCCGUUCCUGCACUCCUCUGCGCCAACGCUUUCACCCGCCCUGAGAGAUGCGCCCGCUGCUCCGCCCUCCAUGCCGUUAGCUGCACCGCCAGCUACACCUCCAGCUGCACCGCCAGCUGCACCGCCUGCACCUCCCGCCGCAUCUGCAUCCCCCUCGCUACCCCAGCCCGCCCCAGCCCCUAACGCCCCCGCACCCACCCCGGCGCCAGCUGCACCCGCUGCGCCACCAACCCCCGCCGCUCCCGCGCCGUCGGCCGGGGGCGUGCACAAGCUCAAGAAGGCCUGGCUGCAGCGCCACUCCGGCGAGGACGCCGAGGACACGAGCGGCACGGUGGGCAGCGGCAGCUGCGUCACCCUGCCCAUCCCGCUCAACAAGCCAGUCGUCCCGCAGAGGACGGUCUCGUCCAUUAGCAUAGGCUCCAUGGCGGUCAACAGCAUCAACCGCACGACCAAGGAAAAAAAGGACAAGGAUCACCCAAACGCCAAGACCCCCCGGAAGGCGCCAAAGGAUGCCGGGUUCGGGGCCGGGGGGGCAGCAGGAGCCAACGGGCGAGGACUUGACAACAACUCGUCGAGCUCGGAAGCCGAAGUGAAAGCCUCUCCCCCGCCGAGGCGAUCCCCAAAGACCAAGGGGAGGAAGACUGCCGCGACCAACCGGCGGCAGGCUCGGAAGACGGCCACAGUGAGGUCCUAUUCCGAGAGUGGCUCCGAGUCAGACAAGGAUUCAGCGUCGGGAACAGAAAGGGACAAGGACAGCGAGCAGGACAGGGACAGCACCGGGGGAGGCGCAGGGUCGGCAGGGGGCGCCACGGCCCCCUCUAAGAAGAGCACUCACGGUUCAGGCACGGCGUCGGGGGACUCCGGGGCCAAGGGGCGCAAAAGGGGUCGGCGUCCCAAGUCAAAAAACGGGGAAGAUGAGGGCGGCAGGUCGAAGCGCGCACGGGAGCCUUUUUUUAAGAAGCCGCCGGUCCCCGUACUGAAGCGGACCGGCGAGUCAUUCCUUCAGGACGGUGCGUGCUUCGAGGUGGCGCCCAGGCUGGCUAAGUGCCGUGAGUGCAGGUGGACCCCACACCAGCGAUCCAAGAACAUGCCCAAUAUCUUCUGCCGCUUUUACGCUUUCCGCAAGCUGCGGUACACCAAGAGCGGACAGCUGGCCAUUGCUGGCUUCUCCAACCCUUACGAAGACUGUUCAGAGGAUGAUCUGAGGCUGUGGGUCGCCCAGCCAGAGAAUCCGCCAGGUGGCUUUGAUGUGGAGAUGUCUCGCUUUCUCCUAACUCAAAUUGGCGACCAGUUCUGUGAUUUACUUUUGCAAGAAGCAGAGGCACAAAGCAUGCAUGUAGGAGAUGGAAAAAUUGCAUGGAAGCGAGUUGUACAAGGUGUGCGUGAGAUGUGUGAUGUAUGUGAGACAACCCUUUUCAAUUACCACUGGGCCUGUGCUAAGUGUGGUUUUGUCGUGUGUUUGGAUUGUUAUAAGUGUACUGUUCCUGUAGACCCAGAGUUAAUGUCAGAAACGGGCAGUGACAAGGAGAGAGAUUUUAGAGGAUGGCUGUUCUGCACAAAUAGACAAGCUCAUGAGCAGUCAAAGCUUAUGCUCACACAAAUUAUAGCUGCUGAUACAAUGAUGAAGUUAGCCAAACGUGUGCAUCAAGUGCGCGCUCUCUUUGGUAUUGCCCAGAACUGUGGUUGUCCAUUUAGUUUUGUAAAACCUACAAAUGGAUUAAAUAAGGAUUUGCUAAGAGUACUGACUGAGUCCAAACCUGUGAAUGGUGUUGUCAAAACAGAACAGAAUGGGUGCAAGGCUGAUGAGAACAAGAACUCGCCUCUGAAUUGGCUUGCUGACCUGGCACUACAGGGAAAUGACAAGUCCGAGAAGGAUGUGAUCUCAAAUCUUGUAGCUGUAAAGGAGGAAGGAGACAAAGAAAAUGGUGCAGGGCCAUCAGGACUAAACGAGUUGAGAUAUUUUGUUCGAAGAUACAAAGAAGGACUGAUUAGAAAUGACUUACCUUUAAGAAUUAUGACGCUAACUGAUAGUCAAGCUUUUUAUCCUGAUGUAAAACAUAUAUGGCUCUGUGAUGGAAAGCUCCUGAGACUCACUGAUCCAUUGAAUCCUUCAAAUUAUCGUAUAUUCCAGGAUCAAUGGAAACGUGGCCAACCUGUGAUAGUUAGUGAAGUUUCAAAAAUGCUGGAUAUGAAUCUCUGGCAUCCAGAUUCAUUCAAUCAUGACUUUGGUGAUGAAAGAAAUGAUCUCAUCAAUUGUCUCAAUGGCUCUGUAGUUCCUAACCAACCCAUGAAGAAGUUUUGGGAAGGCUUUGAGCACACAAGCAAACGCCUUAAGGAUGAAAAAGGAAAUUCUAUGCUUUUAAAAAUUAAAGACUGGCCUGCAGGAGAAGACUUUGCCGAGCAUAUGCCGUCACGUUUUUCUGACUUAAUGGGUGUUCUUCCUCUCUCUGAGUACACCCACCGUACUGGAAGACUGAACCUUGCCACCAGGCUGCCAGAAUGCUUCGUACGCCCAGACUUGGGACCCAAGAUGUACACUGCAUAUGGCUCCGCUGCGUAUGCUAAUAAAGGCACUACCAAUUUACACCUUGACAUAUCAGAUGCUGUGAAUGUCAUGGUGUAUGUUGGCAUACCAAAAGAUAGUGACAGUGAUGAUUAUAUCAAAGAGGCAUAUCGUGCUAUUGAUGAGGCAGGAUGUGACAUACUCACACGUAGAAGAGUGAGAGAGAGGGGAGAGCUCCCUGGUGCGCUCUGGCACAUUUAUCAUGCACGAGAUGCUGACAAGAUCAGAGAUCUUCUCAACAAAGUUGCUCAGGAGAAAGGCCAAGUGCUUCCACCACACCACGAUCCAAUUUAUGACCAAUCCUGGUAUUUGGAUGGCCCUCUCCGUGAACGGCUUUACAAGGAAUAUCAAGUUGAAGGCUAUGCUAUUGUUCAAUGCCAAGGAGAUGCUGUAUUCAUUCCAGCUGGAGCUCCUCACCAGGUUCGAAACUUGCACAACUGUAUAAAAGUUGCUGAAGAUUUUGUUUCACCUGAAAAUGUGUACCAUUGUUUCCAUCUAACUCAAGAGCUACGUAUGCUGUCCUCUGACACUAACACCAAUCAUGAAGAUAAACUCCAAAUCAAGAACAUUCUUUAUCAUGCUGUGAAAGAUUCUCUCUCUGUGCUCAGUAAUGUGGCAGGCCUCAUAAGUGAGCCAGAAGGUUAUGACCUUCCUUUUUAUAUUCCCCCUGUAAAACAGGAAAAGGAAAAGGACAAACAGGAAGAAAAGGAAGAUAAAGAAAAUGACAAAGACAAAGAGAAUAAAGAUGAGGAUAGGAAUCACAAGGAUGACACCACAACCAAUGGUGACAUAACUAUUAAAAAGGAACCAGAGCCAUAAAAUUGUACAUUGAUCUGUGUGCUUUCUUCAGCUGGUCCUUGUUAGGAAUUCAAUUUUAUCAUGAUAUGUUUAAAAUUCUGUUCAAAUAGUUUGUGUGAAUUGUUUCAUAUAGGCUUUGCAUGUAAAUAUGUAAUUUAGGUAAAGACUUCUUCUAUAAUGUAUUAUUUAUUUGUUAUGUUUUUCCCUGAGGUGAAAGGAGAGAUGAGUCCUCCUUUGCUAGCCAGGCUAUGCAGUAUAAGGUGACACAUCUAUCCAUUCCAUAAGCUGAUGUUCUCAGUCUCUGACUAAAGAAUAUUGUUGAUCUCACUAAUUAUAAAUCUUUAUUUUAAAUGGCCACAGGCCAGUUUGUUAGUAUUCAUUGUAUUUAAUUGGGUAAUCCCCAUAAAGUCUAUUUUAUUUCAUUUGUGGCUUUUCAACAUUAUUGUUACCAGAACUAGCUUAUGCUUAUUUGUGUUUCAGAUUCUUUUUGUUUGUCCCUUCCCCUCAUGUACAUUUACAUUGUUCCAUUUUCCUUUCUCUUUGUACUAUUAAACCUUUGUGAGUGUAUUUAGUUGUAUAUAAGAUCUUCAGGUUAUAUCAACUAUCAAAAUUAUUUAUUUAUACUGUACCUAACUGUAAGUAGUGAUUCGAAUUAAAUGAAGUGCCAAUAUGAGUGCUUUAGCAAAAAAUUCUCUACAAACCUGUAUUCCUUUUGUACAUAGCAUUGCAUGUUGGCUGGCAUUUCCAGUGUAGCAAAAGCAAACAUGUAAUUAUGUUUAACAUUAUUGUAAAUUCUUGUUGAGAAAGCUUUCUGUGUAACCAAAGCCAUAUUCAAGCUAGAAAAUCCUGUCUGUUUUAAUUUUAAGAAUCAAUAUGUUGUUUUUUUUUCUGUUUUAUCAUCUUGUUAUCUGAUCUCAUGGGGAAGUAGUUGCCAAUAGUAUCACAUCCCCAGUUUAAUACCAGUGCUAUGGCUUAGUAAGAAUACUAACAUCUUUUUAUUUACGUUCAGUUGAGUCAUUUUUUCUAUGAAUGAUGUGAACGAAUGUUAAAAGUCGUUUGAUUGUGAUGGUCGUUAGCAAGUCAUUAUAAGUUGUGUACAGUACAAGUUGUAUUUAAAUCUGAUUUCCUUUUUUUUUUUUACUAUGUAUGUUUUAGAAGUUAUGGAUGGAUAAGUAAAUCUUUAUUCUAUAAAAUUA